AUGCCACAGGAACGAUUGAGUAAUGAUGAGUUCUUCACGAAGCUCUCCGACCUUUUAGUAUCCAAAAAGGACCAUGGAUCUGUAUUCCUUACACAAAAGAGACUAUCCUACGACCCCUCCAACCCACCCCCCACAAAAACCCUAACACGUCCAUCCAAAGUCACAAAACCCACAUCGACAAAGAAGAAGCCCUCGUCGUCAUCAUCAUCGAUAUUUACAAAAACAAUCCAUCCACAACCUACAGAAGCCGACCUGAAAGCCGACCUUCUAUCCCUUCUCUCCGAACCCACAGCAUCAGCAGAAGAAGAAACGUCAGAAACUACUACCCCAGUACCGAUAUUGAUCAGAGCUACAAAUGGGAAAUCGAACGAUCCGCGACAUAAUGGGAAGCAUAUUAAAUUAAGUACUGUUGUCGAGACGGAUCAGUUAGAGGCGUUCUUUACACGGUAUGCUGAGGUGUGUAAGCAAGGAUUGACGGGGUUGAAGAAGAAGGUUAGAAAGAAUAAGAAGAACAAGAAGACAAAGAAGAAGUGA